AUGGAUGAUCUAGAACUUGAUGAUGACAAGUAUAAGGUUCCUGCAGAUUUAUUGAAGAAUAAAGCGGCCCCACAUGAGGAACAAGAUGAUACUGCUGCUGAUGUGAUUCCUCGUUGCAAGGAAUAUUCUGAGGGCUAUGAAUGUGGGAUUGUGAGACAAUUGUGUAAACGCAGUCUCUUCUUCUCAGGAGUGACGUCAAGCAAUCUGCCUCCAUCUUUCGCCGCAACGGUGAAGCAGAUUCGCAACUGGCUUGAAGAAGAAACUGCCGCUUCUUCCAAGUCAAUGGAGAAGGCCACUCCCAAGGAACUUGAAUCAAAGGUUCCUCCCAAAGACAUGCAUAAGGAGGACAAACAUUAA